AAAAAAGAUUGCAUUUUAUAUUAAAAGUAUAUCCUUCUAAUUAUUUAAAUAUAUUAAAUCAUAUAAUUGUGUUAUUUUUAUUGUGAUACGUAAGUAAUAUUUUUAAUUAUUAAUCACUUAUCAUUCGUACAUAGUAUGAAAUGAGAAAAUAAUCAUGAUUACAUUCACAUUGAUUAAAUUAAUUUUUUUUAUACGAUAAUUAUUACAAUAAUUAAUUUUUUAAAGAAUAAUUAUAUGUAAAAUAUCAUAAUUAGAUUGUUAAUACUUUUUAAUUAAAUUAUUUUAAUUUAAUAAUAAAUUAAUUAUAUUUUUGAUAUUAUUCGUUUUAUAUUUACACAUAUACAAUACAUAUAUAAAUUAGAACUAGUUGCUUACAUCAUUUCUAUUAGUAAUCAAUAUUUACAAAUGUGUAGUUUAUUUACAUUAAUACAAAUGAUAGUUUAUUUCAUAUCUAUAUAUCUAUAUAUCUAUAGCUAUGUGUACAUAUGUAUAUGUAUGUGUGCGCGCGCGCGUAUCUUAAAACAAUUUAAUACAUAUAUGUAUAUGUAUAUGUAUAUAAUAUAUACAUAUAUAUAUAUAUAUACACAUAAUAUAUACAUAUAAUAUAUAUGAUAUAUAUGUAUACAUCAUAUAUCGUGAUUCGGAAGUGUUAUAUUUAAAAUAUAGUUUUUAGAAAAUUUAAAUAUAUAAAUUACAAUAAUUUUUACAAUUCUUUAAGAAUUUCACAUUUAUAUAGUAUUUGAAAAAUUGUUUUUCUCCGAUCAAAUUAUAUUUGAUUGCCGAAAAUUGCCGAAGCUAUCUUCGGCUCAUUCGGGUACCCACAUAGAAAAUGGAGUUUGAGCAAAGCAAGCGAAGCAGCUAUUCGCCAUCGUUGAUGGGCGCUCAACGACAGUUCGGAGCUGGGUGCAUCACAUAUCUUGUGACAAACGUGGAUUUUUGUGCUUAAUGCGGACAAAAAGUACGUCGAAGUGAAACUAAAGCAGUGUGCAAAACGUUUGAAGGUUUCUAAACAUGUCAUCUGCACAAGUUGAUCGGACUACUAAAGUAAGUCAAAUUACUAAAAAGGAAAAUGAUAAAUCAAGAAAAACAUUUAAUUCUUCUCAUAAAAAGCAUAAACAUGAGGAUAGUCGUCAUUUUAAAUUUGGUAGAAAGCGUCUACAAAGUUUUACUAGCAAUGGUAAAUUUUUUCCACCAUACAAACGUAGAAAGAAGGAAGGUGCAAUUAUUCCACCCACAAAAUUUCUGCUUGGUGGUAACAUAUGUGAUCCUUUAAAUUUAAAUAGCAUGCAAGAUGAGGAAAUAAAUAGAGCUAUGAAUGCUGUCACACCCAAGUCUAGCCCAUUACCAACGCCUAAGCAUAAAAAAGAAGUUAUUGAAGUCAUAAUUCCACCAAAUAUCUGUGAUCCUUUGAACCUAAGCAAUUGCAAUGACAAUGACGAAUAUGAGAAACAACUUAUAUCACCGACAAAAAAGGGCUCUAAACGACGAAAUAGAAAGAAAAAACGAGCAUCUUCUGGUUCUGGGAACGAUGCAAGUGAUUCUAUUGAAACUAAAAUUAAAGACUGUGAUGGUAUCGAUGUUGCAGAACCUAUGGAACAUAGUGUUUCAGAAAAUGUUGAAAUAGAACAGCAACAACCAUCAUUGAAUUCACCACCAAUCAAUGCAUCCAGUCAAGUUAAAGAAUCAAAACCGGAAAGUCCACAAAAAGACAAGAAUAAAUUACGUUUAAAAGGUUUAGAGGAACCUAAAGAUAAAAGAUUAAGAAAAUUAGAUGUCAAAGAUAAAAUUGUCAGUCCUGUAAUUCCUCAACCCGGAGCAUGGAAGCCUAGACCGCAACAUAGACCAAGUCAAGACAAAAAAAAGAAACAAACAAUGCCCAAAUUCAGGGAGAAAGAUGCACGUUAUCAAUAUGGAAAUUAUAAUAGGUAUUAUGGAUAUCGCAAUUCUCAUAACGAAAUGGACACAAGACUGACAGUAUUUGCACAGCGAAAACAUUUAUUUAUUGGGAAAGAUGUAUUAGACAUUGGUUGCAAUAUUGGCCACAUUACCCUUUCUGUUGCAAGAGAUUUCUCUGCUCGCAGUGUAACUGGUAUUGACAUUGAUAGAACACUUAUCAAUAUAGCUCGAAAAAAUAUCAAACAUUAUGUCAAUUGUGUACAGUCUCCUGCUGGUAAUGAAGACAGUGAUCAUCAGGAUGUAAACUUCUUCCCAAUAUCUAUGCCAAUCAAUUAUGGCCCAGUAGAUAUUCCAGGUUUCACAAAAGAUAAAAGUCACAAAGGUUUCCCUUACAAUGUUAAUUUUGUACAGGGUAAUUACGUGCUCGAGGAUGAUUCUUUAUUAUGUACAGAACAACCACAAUUUGAUGCAAUUCUUUGUUUAUCGAUAACUAAAUGGAUACACUUGAAUUUUGGAGAUGCAGGUUUAAAACAAGCAUUCAAACGUAUGUAUGCACAAUUACGCCCGAGUGGAGUUUUAAUAUUAGAACCUCAAGGUUGGAGCAGUUAUACUAAGAAAAAGAAUCUCACAGAACGGAUAUACAAGAAUUAUCAAAGUAUUGAGUUUCGACCACAUAAUUUCACCCAGUAUCUACUAUCUUCUGAAGUCGGUUUUUCUAAAUGUGAGGUAUUAUCGAUUCCUCCCCAUCCUGCAAAAGGAUUCCAACGGCCGAUCCAUUUGUUCACCAAAGCAGAUUUAUCGCAAGAUGAUUUUAGGAAAAGUAUGUUGAAUAGACAAGAGCGAAGGGACGAGGAAAGAAGGAAAUUGAAGGAAUACGAAAGGAAAUUGUUCAAGAAGGAAGACGCUAAAGAAGGGAAUAUGUCAGAGAUCAGUCAACAAAGCAAUGAAUCCAUGAGCCAAUAUGAUCAGUUAGAGAAUGUUUAUGCCCCUAGCGCAACUCCGUGCUACGAUACACUUGGUCACAAUAAUGAUAAUCAACCACCAGACGCUUCGAAAAUGUGUUACGUGGAUGUAAAUAUAGAAAACGAUAAGAUAGAAACGGAAAGUCAAUUCGAAUCGAAUAUAACGAGCGCAUCCGAGAACGUACAACUAAAUAAUAAAUCAACGAUUGAAAAUCAAACGUUAAGAAAGCGAAAUAUAGAAACGGAAGACGUUGUUACAGAUGUAAAGAAAUUCAAAAACGUGGAUGGAACGUUCAGAUCUGUUACGAGCGAAAUUGAAAGGAUAACAGAGGUUAAGGAGGAAGAUACAUCAAAAGCGUCAGUUUCCAUAAGUAGUAGCAGCAGAUCGGAAAAGGAGCAAAGAAGGAACGAAUCAAAUAUCCAGUCGACGAGCAUUGAAAAGCGUCAUUCGAGCAAUCAUCUAAAUAAAAGUAGCAACGACGAAGAGAGUAGAAAGGAUGCGAAGACCGAGGAAUGGAAAGAAUUGGGAAAUGGGUUGAGGAGUCCUUGCGUGAAGAAGCAAACAGAAAGGCAACAUUGUGAAUUGAUCUCGGAUAACACGUAAAUAGAUAUUUUUACCCUCUACAUAAAAAAAAAACAAACGGUGCUACCAUACAGACUUAGGCUGUUCGACCUUUCCUAUUUUCGUUCUUCUUUCCAUCCAUUUUUUUCCCCCCCCUCUCAUAAACAUCCUAAACGGGCACUAAGUAUUGUGUUGGUUUCAGUGGUAUUAUUUAUACAUUGUAGCGUUGAAAUAUGAGUAUCGAAUAAUAUCAUUUGCAAUACGGAAUAUCCUAUUUCCAGAUUUCAUAGGCAAUCUCGACGAAAACACGGCAACGAUAAACGAAUAAAAAAAGGGAUAAGUAAUUAUUAUUAUUUAUGGACAAAUAAGAUAUUGACAAUUGAUUUCUACCACGUUCGCAUGUAGAUCCGAUCGAUCUACAUCCUCCUCCUCCUCCUCCUUCCCCUCCCCUUUUUUCCCAAUCCGUUCCAUAUUUCUUCUCCUUCUUUUUUUUUCCUUUUCUCUCUCUCUUUAUAAAGAUUUUUAAUUAAUUCCGAGUUAAUUACACCGAGUAUAAAUAGAUAGUUCUCUUUUUAGGAUACCUGGUGAGAGUUUCAGUGUAAUGUAAUUUGUAUUAGCGCGUCUGAAAUUAAUUUUGAAUAUAAGAGACUAUUACUAUUACCAGGUGUUAUAUAUGUGACACAACGUGUGAUGCUCCAUUAGAGAAUGAGACUCGAGAAGGAAUAACGAUAAUAUAAUAAUAAUAAUAAUAAUAAUAAUAAUAAUAAUAAUAGUAAUAAUAAUAGUAAUAAUAAUGAUGAUGAUAAUAAUGAUAAUAAAUAAUAAUAAUAAUAAUAAUAAUAAUAAUAAUAACAAAAAAGAACAGAAAAGAAUAAAGAUCUAAAAGUAAGCACUGUACAUGAUAGAAAUUGUAUCGCUUAACACAUACGUGUGAAUGUGAUAGCGAAAUAAUAGAAUGCGUCUAUAUCUGGCUGUGCCUGAGAACAGUAGUGUAUUAAACGAAAUACAAACAAGUGGCAAAUUUGAAGAAUGAUGGAUAGGCGAAACAAAUUCUAAGUACGUGCCUAAACGAAAACAAGCAUUUUGCAUUCCGCUGUACUAUCUGAGCACGUUUCCCGAAUAUUAUUAUUAUAACGGGGUUAGUCGAUACGAAGACUGACUUUUUUUUGGCUUUACCGUGUCUUUCGAUGAUGUGAAGAAGGAAAAAAAGGGAAAAAAGGAACGAAGGGAGAAGAGGAGAAAGGAGAAGGAAGGAUAACGUGAUAAACGAUAUAAUAAAAGGAAAUAGAUUCUCAGGUUGUGCUUCGGAAACACGAAACUGCUCCGUGCUUGCGGUCGUGUCAUUGCCAUAUUCUAUCUUUCCCGUGUACAAAAAAGAGAAGAGAAGAAAGAAAGGGGAAAAAAAAAUAAUAAUAAUAAUAAUUAAAGAAGCAAAGCACUGACAGUCGGCACUGACAGUUCUCUUCGAAACCCAUCCUGAAUCGGAAGAAAAGAGAGAGCUGUAUCUUUUACGAUAAUGAUGUGACAGAAAGACGCUGCUUUUAAUUUCUAAUUGCUUAUCAACACGUUGCCUCUAUUGU